GUGGGGGUGAUGGCUGAUUUGUCAGAUUAGGCUUAUGGGAACAGAAGUGCAGCUCAUCAGGACUGGUGUCCAACUCUGGCUCUCUCAAGAUUCUACACUGCUGAUGCUGUUUUGAAAUGCUCACAGUGACACAGUUUGGGCAACUCACACUCAGCAGGUCAUCUAGUUUGUCGAUUGUGUUUUGGGAAAGAGAUGUCUACCUUACAAAUCAAACACAAGUGUCUGCGGAUUUAUGUUUUGCUUUAUGAAAAACCAUAGAACACCAAUGGAAAUUCCACAUAUGGGGAGUGUGGAGGAACAUCCGUCCUGGAGAAUUUUGCACAAUGUAGCCUCUUCAACCCAGGAGUCAUCAUCACAGUUUGCUGCCACUUCAGCUAAUGGCUCACUAGACCACAGAGAGGAUGAUCCUAUCACUGAAGACCAAAGCUUGAUGGUAGAACCAAAUAAGGAUUUACCAAACCCUAACAAGAGUUGUGCUUGUGACAGUUACAGCAGUGGGAAGUCAAUGGAGAAUGAGCAUUUUCAAGAACCUAAACGUGUCAUUGGUUCAUCUCAGCUUGUAGAAAAUGACCUGUCCAGAUCAGCUGCUUCCAGUAAAGACUUUUGUCCUAAAUAUUCACCUUCUGCUUCUGCAGCAGACGUCAGUUCAAACCAGGAAACUCAGAAUCCACCUGCCCUUACCCUAAACUUUAGUUCUGAAUGCAUAAAAACAGAAUUCAAAAAGUUGGAACCUGUUUCAAAUGGGUCCGUCUUCACGCUGGGCUCCACGUUUACCCUCGUGGUCCCUGCUAACUUCGCCCAGGGAGUCCUGGAUCUGCCUCAUGUCGUGAGGCAAAGACAGAGCACCAUUACCUUCUCGGAGAACACCUGUUUCUCCGGCGCCGGCGGCCAUGGUUUUGUUUAUGAAAGUUCGGAGGACGGCGGAGAAUCAUCCCAGGAUGGUGAGAAAGAAAAUGACGACGAUGACGUGUUCUUUGACUCGCCUUACAGUAAGGAUCUUUUCCUAAGCGCCAGACAAAAGAGCUCAGACGAGAACAAACAGAAGAGGAAACACUGUGUGAGUGCACCGGGAGAAGUUGAUCAAACAUUCAGCAGCUCUGGUUAUGAGGCAGAGGCGGAGACCAGCAGUAAAGAGACAUCUCCACAGGUCAAGUCUCCCUGGUCGGAGUCAGUGAGCCAAUUAAUGAGGAACCUGGACCAGCUUAACCAGGACAUAGAGGAAGCUCUGAGUGCAAACUCUUCACCGUCGGACACACCAUGCACCUCCCGCAAGAAACAGUGGGAUGCCGUUUCAAAGUCCGCGCUGGGCCGGACCCCGAAUGACAACGUUCUUCAAGGACCAGAUGAAGGCGACUGCCAGAGUCAAGACAAAUCUUCUGCUCAUCGCAGCUCCUCAAUGGGAAUAAGAGCCAGAACCAAGAAGGCGAUGUUCAACAAGAUGACCAAUGCAGCAGGCGCAGAAUUUGAAGCAAAAGAGGCGUGUGACUGGCUGCGGGCAGCAGGGUUUCCCCAGUACGCUCAGCUCUUUGAAGACUCCCAGUUUCCCAUUGACAUUACACCUGUGAAAAGAGAUCACGACUUUCUGGACAAAGAUCUGGUGGAAACUCUGUGCAAGCGGCUUAACACACUGAACAAAUGUGCUUCUAUGAAGCUUGACGUUAAUCUUCCAAAGAAAAAAAGUGAAGACUCCGAUGAAGACGACCUGUUUGCAAUCAGUGAUAAAUGGACGUUUGAGUGGAGCAGCCGCCGUUGGUCCAGGUUACAGGACAUCGACUCUCUGCUUCGAAAGCAUGGAGAGGGCCAGACCUCCAAGGACAGCAUUCCCCUGAGAGCCACCACCAGCAGUGAGAGUGUUCUGACAGACCUCAGCGAGCCGGAGGUUUCUUCUUUGCACAGCGAAAGCAGCGCGGGGAGCGGCAACAGGGGCCUCAGCACAGAGGACUCGGACUGCUCUAACCGCCUCUGCUCGGACUCUGCAGCGAUGCCAGACUGUACUUCUCUAACAAUGCCUCACAUAUCCAAAGAAUUGUCCCACUUCGGCUCUUUAUCUAACAAGCAUGGAAAGACGAGCCGCAUCCGUGCCAAAGACUUCCUUAAGCGCAUGGAGAUCCUGAGGUCCCGAGGAACCCUGGGGAGGGGCCGCAAGACGUUGGUCAUCAGCGCUCCCGUACUGCAGCAGGAUGCUGAAGCACUGAAGAGACUGCAGUGUGUUGAGGUCCUAAAUGGAGACGACGGUGCUCCAGAGCCCGCUUUCGCCAAAACCCUGCACCCCCAGUCUAGUAGUGAAGGUAGCAGCCAUUCCAGCGGCAGCGCGGUCAGCACGCCGAGCCUGAAGGAACGCAAGCCUCAUCGAGCUGACCACAAGCGCAGUGGCAUGUAUUUGGAGGACGUUGACGUUUUCUCAGGCGCCCAAGUUGCAGAACAAAACUGCAGAAAUGAGUUUUGCUCCUACGAAGAUUUGGUGGUCCACAUUCCCAAAGACCAUAAACCAGGAACCUUUCCCAAAGCACUGUCGAUUGAAAGCCUUGCCCCAACCAAUGGAGCCUCUAUUAACUGGCACACUGGCAGCAUGCACCUGGACUCGCCACUCAUUUCCUACAGACAGGAACCCAGAGCUGUCACCCAGUGCUGCUCCAGAGGUAGCCGCAUUAGUGUGUAUGAUAAUGUUCCUGGGUCACAUCUCUAUGCCAGUACUGGAGACCUAAUAGACUUAGAGAAAGAAGACUUAUUCCCUCACCUGGAUGACAUACUGCUGCAUGUAAAUGGCCUUCAGCAGAUCGUAGACCACUGGUCAAAAAACAUAUUACCUGGUGGUGAUGGGGUGGUUAGCGAUAAGGAAGAGAGAGCAGGCCUGCAGUCCUCGAGUCAAAUCACGUUAGACUUUGAAGGAAGCUCUGUCACAGAAAGCCAGACUUCACCUGCUGAUGGAGACAGAGACAAAGUAUCACUAACUGAGACGGAGUCAACGAGGUUCAGGGAAAGGAGGGACUCUGGUGUCGGUGCUUCACUCACAAGACAUAAUAGGUUACGAUGGCCCAGCUUUCAGAUAUCCAAUCGCUUAAGUCAUUCAGUGGCAUCUCUGCAGAUUACAAACCAAUCAGCAGGCCAGCUGAGUUUGUUACAGAAGUUUUCUCUGCUGCGUCUUACUGCAAUUAUGGAAAAGUACUCCAUGUCAAACAAGCAUGGCUGGACUUGGUCUGUGCCAAAAUUCAUGAAGAGAAUGAAGGUACCAGACUAUAAAGACAAGAAUGUGUUUGGAGUGCCACUCAUAGUGCACGUGCAUCGUACUGGACAGCCUCUUCCCCUCGGCCUACAGCAGGCCUUGCGAUACCUGAGGAGCCAGUGUCUUGACCAGGUGGGUUUGUUUCGUAAAUCAGGGGUGAAGUCCCGAAUUCAGGCUCUGAGGCAGAUGAAUGAAAGCUCUCCAGAAAAUGUGAACUACGAGGAUCAGUCUGCCUAUGACGUGGCGGACAUGGUGAAGCAGUUCUUCAGGGAUUUGCCCGAGCCCCUGCUCACCAGCAAGCUGGGGGAAACUUUUCUCCAAAUAUACCAGUAUGUGCCAAAGGACCAAAGGUUGCAAGCUGUUCAGGCAGCCAUUAUGCUGAUGCCAGAUGAGAACCGAGAGGUGCUGCAGACGCUCCUGUGUUUUCUCAGCGAUGUCACCUCCUCCGUGGAGGAAAAUCAGAUGACACCCAUGAACAUCGCUGUGUGUCUGGCCCCCUCCCUCUUCCAUCUCAACAUAAUGAAGAAGGACAAUCUCUCACCAAAGGCCAUGCAUAAGAAGUAUGCCACGGGGAGACCAGACCAGAAAGACCUGAAUGAAAACUUGGCAGCGACGCAGGGCCUGGCUCAUAUGAUCAUAGAGUGCAAUCGCCUCUUUGAGAUCCCCCAUGAAAUGGUUACUCAAUCGCGCAAUUCAUAUGUGGAGGCUGACCUGCACGCGCCAACGAUUGAUGAGCUGUGCAAGCAGCUGGAGGACGAUAAUGGAACCUACCAAACACAUAUGGAGGGCAGACUUCAGAGUUUGCUGAAAGAGGCGCGAGAAAAGUCUAAAUACUGGGUGUCGUGCAACAGCUCCGAUAACACAGAGCUCUGCUACAAAAAGGUGGGAGACGGAAACCAUUUGAGACGUUGGAGAGUGUCUGUGGAAGUGGAAGCUCCGCCCUCCGUCGUGUUGAACCGGGUGCUGCGAGAGCGCCACCUGUGGGACAUGGACCUGCUGCAGUGGAAAGUGUGUGAGACGCUGGGCAAGCAGACAGAAGUGUUUCAGUAUGUCCUCAGUCGUAUGCCUCCCCAUCCCAGCAGAGACUUUGUAGUUCUCAGGUCUUGGAGAACAGACUUGCCCAAAGGUGCUUGCUCACUAGUUUCUGUAUCCAUAGAACAUGAGGACUGUUCUCCUAUAGGAGGUGUACGAGCUAUAGUCCUGGAGUCCAACUACCUACUUGAACCUUGCGGCUCUGGAAAGUCCAGACUAACACACAUCUGCAGAGUGGACUUAAAGGGAAGAACGUCAGAUUGGUACAACAAAGCGUUUGGUCAUCUUUGUGCUGCAGAAGCUGCCCGGAUCCGCAACUCCUUCCAGCCACUAAUCACAGAUGGACCAGAAACCAAAAUCUGAAACUCUUUGUUCUGUCUUUUAAGCACUGACAUCAAAAUUGAGCCUUUGAGUCAUUGCUAGCCGGCAGACACAUGAACACAGACAAUGCCCCAGAACUAAAGCACAGUUUUUUGUUUCAUUUGUAUUUUUUUUUAAUGUACAAAUGCUCUGAAAAUAAUUUCAGGCCUCUCUGUACUUGCACAAUGACAAAUGAGGACAUUUUAUAAGUGCUGAGCAUAAUUAUUCAAUAAGAAUUUAAUUAUCCUGUAGGUGUCCUUGACAUAAUGUUUUUAUUUACUUUCUUGGUGUUGCUGAACUUGCAAGAAUAAUUAUCUUUAAUAUUAUAAGUACAUUGUUGUUGCAUUCAUUUACAAUGUCUAGGACAUUAAAACUGGUAAAUGCUUCUGAGAAGCCUGUAUAUUAUUCAGUUCAGAAUUAAAGCUAUAAUUAUUACAAGAUUCACCCAAGUGUCUGUAUAUAUUGUAUGACUAUACUGUAAAUUCAAAUAAAUUGUACGUGUUGCACAUAUGA